AUGAAGAGCAGCUGUCGCAGGGGCGUUCGGGUUUUGUGGAAAACGACUUGGUAUUUCAUUGAGAUGUGCUCGUGGGUAGAUUGGGGCUUUGCUGAACUAGAGGAAGAGACUUGGGGCCACACUUGGGAGGCGCCCGUGUACAUUAGGGUGUUCUGUCGGCGCCGUGCACCGACGGCGCUUGGAGCGGGGAAUGCAAUCGUUCCCAAACUCACGUGUGGGGGUUGCGUUGUAGUUGAGGGAUUCAUUCUUUGGUGUGCUGAUUUGAUAGAUUCCACCGAAAACACAUUCGAUCACCUGUCGUUUUUUUUGAGGCUCUCAUUGCUUAAAUUGUCGCAUUUACGAAUGGCCGCUGGGGUGCGGUUGCCUCUUGAGGACCUUUGA